CUUUAUGUUUAGUAGAUUAUUGAAGUACCACAAGAGUAAAUAGCGAUUUUCUGAAACAGGGAAGAGUUUGUCAUCGUAUAGGGAAGAGUCUGUCAUCGUAUAGGCAAGGCUUGUAACCGUGGCGUUUCUCAGGGGCAUACAUUGUGUUGCACUCACUGCAGAUUCUUGGGACCAACAUGAGAGCUGGAGGCAUCGUGAAGUUGGCUGCAUUGGUUUUGGUCUUUUUCCUGGCAGUUUUCCUUGCCUUCCAGCUGCUGGAAAUUAAUAUGGACUUCAAUUUGGGGGAUGUGUUUGGGUCUAUGCCUGUAGAGGAAGGCCCUACCAGACUGGACCGCUACAAGUGUGGCCUCUCCAAGCCAUGUCCUGAGGGACACUUCUCCUUUAAGAUGGCCAGCGGAGCAGCCAGUGUUGUGGGUCCAAAAAUCUGCCUGGAGGACAACAUAUUGAUGAGUGGCGUCAAGAACAACGUGGGCAGAGGAAUUAACAUCGCCCUGGUUAACGGAAAGACAGGGGACCUCAUCAAGACAGACUACUUUGACAUGUGGGCGGGAGAUGUCAACACGCUCAUCACAUUCCUGAAGACUAUUGAAGAAGGAUCAGUAGUGAUGAUGGCCACGUUUGACGAUUCAGCCUCAAAGCUGAACGACGAGUCCAAGAAGAUGAUUGGGGAACUUGGCAGUUCCAGCAUCAGCACAUUAGGCUUCAGGGACAACUGGAUCUUUGUGGGAGGCAAAGGGAUCAAGACCAAGAGUCCCUUUGAGCAGCACAUAAAGAACAACGCCGACACCAACAAGUACGAGGGCUGGCCCGAGGUGCUGGAGAUGGAAGGCUGCAUACCCCAAAGACAGGAGUGAUCUUUUCACUUGAACCCUCGAUCGGCCAUCUCCCGUUCCCUUCAUAGCCGACCCCUUCACGCCUUUGGAUGCGUCUCCCAUUCUUCUCUUCAAAUAGUGUACUUGCACACUUUCCUAUGAUGGCUCUAAUAAUGGUUGAACCUCCCUCCACCCAAUGCUAACACCAACGCAGCAUUUGUAUUUUAGAGACUGUCCCUCUGCGUUGCAGCUGUCAAUGUUUGCAGCAAUCGGUGUUUGACGUCAGGGAGCAUCCUUGUAUCUUCCUGUGUUUGUGUGUGUCAAGGUAUUGUCUAUUUAUAGAAAGAGGAAUGGAAGGGUAGCUGGUAUGGCAGAAAUUCCUGUUAUUGGUUAUUCAGCAGAAUGUACCAAGAUCACUGUGAAAUUUGUAAAUAGAA